AUGAAGGUAUUACAGGCCCGGAAGAAGAAAACCAGAACAGAGCUAAUCAUCGAGCCCGAGAAAGCCUCCUCAGACAAAAGUGGCGUCAACCUCUCAGGCUUCAUGAAUGAGCCGCAAGACUUUAAUGAUGAAAGCGAUGUGAUUAAUCAGAGGAAGCAGAGGAAAGAGAGUGCCCAGCCUCCUGUGAGGAGCGUGGCCACAGAAGUAAGGCUCAGGAGGCCCCACCCAAGGGAACCACAACAGCUGCACAUGGCGCAGAGGCCUAAGAAGCUAGUGGGAAACUCCUUCCACGUGGAACAGUCCUUCCCAAAGGACCAGAAGGUCCCAGUCUCUGUGAGCUUGAAACAUCCCUUGAGGCGUGGACCUUCUGCCUCCAACAUGCACAAAUCCCCACUAGAUAUUAAAAAGAAACCAAAAGAUUUAACUUAUACCAUGUAUGUAUUAGAACAUGCAAACGCUCGAGUUAGGAAUAUGAAGUCUCCUAAAGAAAUCAAAGAAAGUCACUACUUUCAUGAAACGCACUCUCGUGUAGCCCACAGAACACCCAAGGCCAUAUUGACUGAAAGGUUGAGAAAGAAAAAUUCCCGCAAGAGACUGAUGCUUGCACAAAGGCCUCCAUUCUCCGGAGUUAGAAGCCUCAUCAAUUCCCCUUCACAAGGGGAUUUUUCAUCUAAACGAGACCUGAGUCCUCAGGAAAAUCCGUUUCCAGAA